CCAAUUUCCCUUUUUAUUUUAUUUUAUUUAAUUACAAUUUCCCGUUCGAAAUCGGAUCCUUCGUCAUCACACAAAUUGUCGCCGGAAUAUUCCAUCGCCGUCGAAAGGCAUCUUCGUGUCGACUCGUUUGGCUCUAUAUUUCUACUGUACUUACUCAGCUUUGGCAUGGGAGUUGUGACUGUUUCCACCUCUGCUUCGAGAACUUCGUUGGGAUUGAACGAGAGAUAUUUGACUCGCGUAUCAAUAUUGAGAAGGCCGGUAGUAUUUGCGUUCAAAAACGAUAAGAUCAAGAAAAUAGUUCUAAUUUCGCCGCGAGAAUCCGCAGCUCUACCCUUGGAGGCAACUAAAGAUAAUGAAAAGAGGUUAAGAAAGGUGAAAAAGCGUGCGGAACGAGUAAAUGCUGUAUCGACCGACGAAGCCCCUCCAAGUACAAUAGAUUUGGAUUACAACGAAGCUGCUGCGAAACUGGAAUACAUCUUCAAACAGAGUCCCACGGUAGAAAUCUCUGUCGAUGAGGUCAAAGAUGUAAGGGUAAAGAGAAGGCAGCCGCGAAAGAGGACCGAAUAUGCUGACGAGGCGGAGAAAAUUGCUGACAAUGUGGUUAGAAGUCGGAGGAGUAAGGAUAGAAGAUUGAAUCUUGAGAAGAGGAUUGCUCUCAGGACAAAGAAAGAAGACGAAUCGACUGCCAUUUUCCAGAGAAGGAAAACCGGAAAGAACGACGAAGAUGAGAAGAUUGAUAGGCUUGUUAGGGACUAUUCAGCUUCUUCAGAUUUGGUCAGCUUAGAUUGGAAGAAAAUGAAGAUUCCGCCUGUUCUUCCUUCAGCCGAGCAUGUGUGGCUGUUUAAGCUUAUGCAACCUGUGAAGGCAAUCCUCGAUGUGAAGGAGACCAUAGAAAAUAAUUUAGGAAGAGAACCGACGGAUGAGAAGCUGGCGACGGCAAUAAAUAUGGAUACUGUUCAGCUGAGGAAGCAAUUGGAAAUUGGUCGAGCUGCCAGAAACAAGUUGAUCAAGCACAACCUGCGGCUCGUUUUAUUUGUGAUGAACAAAUAUUUUCAAGACUUCUCAAAUGGGUCAAGAUUCCAAGACCUUUGCCAAGCUGGUGCGAAGGGUCUUAUAACCGCUAUUGAUCGCUUCGAGCCUAAACGGAAGUUGCGCCUCUCAACAUAUGGCCUCUUUUGGAUCAGGCAUUCCAUUAUUCGAUCUAUGACACUAUCAAGCUUCACAAAAGUCUCAUUUGGCCUCGAGUCGGUGCGAGUAGAAAUCCGAAAGGCCAAGCUAGAGUUGAUGUUUGAGCUUAAGAGACUGCCAACUGACGAAGAAAUUGUGGGCCGAGUUGGUAUCUCCCAAGAAAGAUACCACGAAGUGAUGAGGGUAUCAAAGCCUAUCAUUUCACUCCACGCACGCCAUUCAGUAACUCAGGAAGAAUUCAUCAAUGGUAUUACCGAUGUGGAUGGUGUCGAAGGAGAUAGAAGAAAGCAGCCUGCCCUUCUCAGGCUUGCUCUAGACGAUGUGCUUGAUUCUCUCAAGCCCAAAGAAAAUUUGGUGAUCAGGCAAAGAUAUGGACUUGAUGGUAAAGGAGAUAGAACACUCGGAGAAAUUGCGGGAAAUUUAAAUAUUUCAAGAGAAAUGGUUAGGAAGUACGAAGUGAAGGCCCUCAUGAAGCUCAAGCAUCGAGCUCGAGUCGAUUACCUUCGCCGCUACGUUUUCAAAUGAACCACCAUUGGUUCAAUGUGGAUACCACUACUGUACACUACAAAAAUGUUAUAUAGAGAUCAUUUGUAUUAUAGUUAAACACAGAAAAAUAGUUAACAAUGUAUAAUCCUCCAUUUUUUUCGGGGCUUAACAGCCGCAACCUGCCGUGUAUAUGCAUUAAAAAAAAUCGUCUAUCCUUUUU